CCAAACUUGAUGUGACCCCAGCCCGGCGCGGCGGCUGCCCCUCUCACCUCCCCGCGCCCUCCCCCCACCGCCACUCCGCCCGGCACUCCCGGAGCGCACCACUCACCGCGCCCCUUCCCACUUCCCCGCCGGGGCCGGGCGCCGCUCUUGCCCUCCGCGUUCCCUUCCCCUCGUCCCCUCCUCCCUGCACCAUGAGCAACCUGAAGCCGGACGGCGAGCACAGCACCAGCUCGAGCACGGGCUCCGGCGGCACCCUAGAAGAGGAGGUCCGGACAUUGUUUGUUAGUGGCCUCCCUGUGGACAUUAAACCCAGAGAGCUCUACCUGCUCUUUCGACCAUUCAAGGGGUAUGAAGGGUCCCUGAUCAAGCUCACAUCGAGACAGCCUGUUGGUUUUGUGAUCUUUGACAGCCGGGCAGGAGCAGAAGCGGCCAAGAAUGCGUUGAACGGUAUUCGCUUUGAUCCCGAGAACCCACAGACCCUGAGGCUAGAGUUCGCCAAAGCCAACACCAAGAUGGCCAAGAACAAGCUAAUGGCAACACCAAAUCCCACCAAUGCUCACCCUGCCCUUGGAGCACACUUCAUCGCACGGGACCCCUAUGACCUUAUGGGGGCUGCUCUGAUCCCUGCAUCCCCAGAGGCCUGGGCGCCCUACCCUCUGUACACCACAGAGUUGACCCCAGCCAUCUCCCACGCUGCCAUCACCUACCCAGCUGCCACUGCUGCCGCUGCCCUACAUGCCCAGGUGCGCUGGUACCCUUCUUCUGACACCACCCAGCAAGGAUGGAAGUAUCGUCAGUUCUGUUAGUUCUUCAGU